AUGAGUGAUAUCAUCAGAAGUUCUUAGUAUAGAGCAAUCUAAGUAAUUCUUGCUUUCAUUAUCUUAAGAAUGUUACAACUAAUUAACAAGCCAAUAAUCCUGUUCUUUAGGGACAAGUAGUAAAACAAGUUAUCUUGGAAACACGUAAAGAUGAAUAGACUGAAUAAUAUGAAUUGAGAAUAGAUAAACUGACUCAGGAGGUUGAGUAGUGGAAAAGACAGUGCUUUUUAAGUGAGUAGUAGCUUAAUAAAUUUACAACUCAAUUGUAAGAAGUAAUUAAUGUCAUUUACAAAUGUAAUAGAUGGCCAGUCUUGAAGCUAGGUUAGCAGCUUUGUAAUAAGAAUAUAAGAGCGUUGAAAUUAAAUAUCGAGAAAAGUGUAAUGAAUUCGAGAAAUUGAGAAUUGAGUAUAGUAAGCUUGAUUCGGCCCUUAUAUCUUAUUCUUUAACUCACAUUGAAACCAAAAAAUUUGAGGAAGCCAUGCAGAGUAAACAGAAUAUCAUAUCUGACUUGCAAAGACAACUCCAAGAUGCUAAUGAGAGAUUGUUGUAAAUACCUAAAUUGGAAGAUUUGUUGAAAAACGAACAUCGAAAAAACGAAUAAUUAGUUUAAGAGAUUGAUUAAUGGAAAUAAAAAUAUUAGGCUAACCAGUAAGACAAAGAUAAUUACAUUAAAUAAUUAAAAUAUGAAAGUGAAGAUAUAAAUUAAAAAAACAAAGAAUUUUUAGAGGCUGAAAUUCAGAAAGGCAAUAAUGAUCUUUUGAAUAAAGUUAAAUUACUUUAAGCUUAAAUUGAGUAACUUAAGUAAGAGGCCAAAGAGUUCUAAAAUCUUUUAUAAUUGGAGCAGUCUGAAAAUAAUAAAUUAAAAUCUCAAGUGGAUUUGUUGAAUGCUCGUAUUGUAGAAUAAAAUGAAUAAUUAAACAUUGAGAUUGGGUAAGUCAAGGAGAGGGAUUUCAAAUUAAAUGAUGCCGAAGUCAAAAUCAAAUAAUUAGAAGAUGAUUUGCUAGAAAUCAGAAGAUUGGAUUAAAUUAUUUAAGAUUUGGAAACCAAAAAUUAAAAUCUAGUUAAUGAGAUAGAUACAUUACGUAAUGAGGCAAAUCAAUAUAAAUUGGUUAUAUAAUAAUUAGAACAUGAUCUUGGUAAGUUAAUGGAAUUGGAAAAUAAAGUGGCUAUGUUAUCUUCUGAAAUUGAAAGAUUGAAAUAAAUGAUUGCAUCUAAGAAUGAAUAAAUUGAUAGAUUGAAACAACAAAUUGAUCAACUGAAUAAAGCAAUAGAUGACUAUAAGACUAUAGAAGCAGAAAAACAAGUGCUUGAAAAUAAAUGUGCAAUGUUAGCAACUGAAAUUGAAAGAAAGAAGUUUUAGAUUGAAUAAAGGGAUCUUAAAAUAAAUGAAUUAAAUAAAUAAAUUAAUGAGCAAUAAUAAUUUAUUGAUGAAUUGAAGGAAAGACCUGAUCUUUCAACACCUUUAGCUGAAGCGGAGAAUUUAAUUAAGUUAUGGCAAGAAAAAUAUCAAACUUUAGAGUAAAUUCAAAAUAAAUACACAAUAAUUGAAUAAGAAAACUAUUAAUUGAAGAAUUAAUUACAAGCCUUAUUGUAAGAGUUGGAGUAACUCAAGAAAGAUUUGGAAUAACGAUCCAAUCAAUUAAAUGAAGCAGAAUCUACAAUACAUUUAAUGGAAUAGGAUCUUGGUAAACUCAAUUCCCUUCAAGAAUAGAUAAAAGCUUGGGAAUCUAAGUACUAAUUACAAACAGAACAAUUUACUAAAAUAAGAGAGCAAUUAAUUCAAAGUUAAGAAACCAUUAAGAAAAGCGACAGAGAUGAAAUUUUGAAUGAACUAAGAGAAUUACAAGGAAGGUACCAAUCUUUAGAAACAUAAAAUUAAGACCUAAUUGAAUAACUAGAAUAAUUGAGACAGUUGUAUAUUAAAUGCCAAGCAGAAUUAGAAGAGGCAAUCAAAUUAGAAUCAAAAGUAUACGAUUUAGAAAACAAAGUUGCUAUGCUAUCAAGUGAAGUUGAAAGAUUGAAAUAUAGAACAAAUUCAAAAGACGAGGAAUUAAAGAAAUUAUAAGCAUAAUCCAAAGAUUUUGAUAGUUUGAAGAAUGACUUCUAAUAGAUGAACGGUGAUUUAUAAAAUACUUAACAUUCAUUAGAUGAAUUGACUUAAUAAUUAGAGUAAGAAUUGGAUAAAUUUAAAUAACAAACAAAGGAAUUGAAUGAGGCAUAAUAAAUGAGAGAUCAGCUGGAAAAUAAGAUCGCUAUGUUAUCUACUGAAAUCGAAAGAUAUAAAUAUAAGUUAAAUAACAAAUAAAAUGAGACAGAUGAAUUAAAGAAAUAAAUCCUAGAUCUAUAAUAACAAAUAAGUCAUCUGAGUUAAGUUGAGAAUGACAAUAUCAAAUUAAAUCAAGAAUGUGAAAAAUUAGAUUAAAAAUAUAAUGAUUAAGUUGAAUUAUUGCAACAAACUAAAAACGAGAGAAAUGAAUUACAAUAAAUUAAAAGUUAAUUGGAAUAAGAAUUACAAUUAAUAUAAUCAGAAUUGUAAUCAUCUUAGUAGAAUUAAGAAAUCAAAAAUAAAUAAAUAAAACAAUUAGAAAAUGUGAUUUAAGAGAAGGAAUAAAAUAUAUCAUAACUUAAGAAUUAAGAGCAAAAAAUGUUUGAAUAUGAAACAAAACUAGCAUUUCUGAGUCAAGAGAUUGAAAGAUAAACCAAUCAAUAUAAAGUAAAAUUAAGUGAAUUAGCAGAAUUACAAUCGCAAUUGGUUAAUAUCAAUGAAUUGUAAAUUGCUAUUUAAACUCUUGAAAGUGAAAAAACUAAACUCUCAGGAAUAACUUAAUAAAAAGAACAUGAAACAAAAUAAUGGAAAAACAAAGUAGAUGAAUAAUAAAAAGCUAUGGAGAAAUUCGAAGAGAUGAAAGUAUACAAAUUAACCUAUUUAAUUUUAGUAUCAAAUGGAAAAUAAAAUUGCUAUGUUAUCAAGUGAAGUAGAAAGAUUAAAUUACAAAUAUAAAGUAUUAUUAGAUGAUAAGUCUAAAUGGAAUAAGAGAAUGAAAUUGCUUUUUGAUGAAUUAACUAAAGUAAGUAUGUAAAAUGAGAUUUCAUCGAAUGUAAGAGAUUGAUUCUAAAUAAUUUAGGAAGCCUUCAAUUGGAAACACAAGAUUUUGGAAUUGGUAGAGCUCCAAUCUAAAUUGACACAAUAAGAUGGCUCUAUCCAACAAUGUCUGUAAGAGACUGAACACAUGAGAUAGCAAUUACAGGAAUAAGAUUUCUUGGAUGCUAGAUAAAAAAUAAGAUCAUUAUGA